AAUGGAUCCGGCGAGGGCAGCCCCACCCGGCAGCUCGCCGCGCUCGGUCAGUAAACACGCGCAGCUCAUCCUCCAGCAGAUGAACAAGAUGAGGCAGCAGCGGGAGUUCUGUGACCUCCGGAUACAAGUCGGCCUCGUCGUCUUCUCUGUACACAAGUUGGUGUUGGCGGCCAGCAGUCCGUACUUCUCGGCUUUACUGUCCAGUGGGUUAAAGGAGUCCUCCGAUGACGUGGUGCAGAUACAGGAAGUGGAACCCGACAGCUUCCAGCUGCUGCUGGAUUUUAUAUACACAGGUUCGGUUCAUAUCAGCGCAGAGAACGUGCAGGGGCUGAUGGUUGCGGCCGACAUGCUGCAGCUGAACGACCUGGUGGCGCUGUGCUGCGACUUCUUAAAGGAGCAGAUCGAGCCGGGCAAUUGCGUGGGCUUUUUCCAGUUCUCGGAGCAGCUGUCCUGUCAGCCUCUGCUGGAGUUCACGGAGAGCUACAUCCACGCUCACUUCCCGGAGGCCAAACAAGGGGACGAGUUCCUGAACCUCACCAAAGAUCAGCUGACCCGCAUCCUGCGCAGCGAGGAGCUCUGCAUCGAGGACGAGCACCAGGUGUUUGGCGCCGCCAUGGCGUGGCUGCAGAGGGACACGGCGACGCGCAAGAGACACGUGGUGGAGGUCCUGGAACCGGUGAGGUUCCCUCUGCUUCCUCCUCAGAGACUGCAGAAGGACAUUGAAGAAGUAACAGACUUCAGCCUGCGGGUGGCGCUGCAGACGCUGCUGAGGGAAUACUGUGAGCCCGGCCAGUCCCCCAAGGACCGCAAACUCUGCAACUUCCUGCAGCCGGCCCGCGUGUGGCCUCGGAGGAAAGCGCGCAAAUUCCUCUACGCAAUCGGGGGGUACACUCGCUUGCAGGGAGGGCGCUGGAGUGACAGCCGAGCGCUGAGCUGCGUGGAACGCUUUGACACCUUCAGCCAGUACUGGAGCACCGUGUCGUCUCUGCAUCAAGCCCGCAGCGGAAUGUGCGCCGCGGUUCUGGAGGGGAGGAUCUACGUGGUUGGAGGGGAAAAGGACUCCAUGAUAUUUGACUGUGUGGAGUGCUAUGAUCCCAUCACCAAGCAGUGGACUGCCGCCCCCUCCAUGAACCAGCCGCGCUGUGGCCUGGGGGUCUGUUCCUGCCACGGAGCCAUCUAUGCCAUGGGCGGCUGGGUCGGGGCCGAGAUCGGAAACGGCAUCGAGCGGUUCUCCCCGGAAGAGAAUACCUGGCAGGUGGUCGGGAAGAUGUCUGUGCCCAGAUAUAACUUUGCCUGCUGCGAGAGACAAGGGUUGAUUUACAUAGUUGGUGGGAUCAGUCAUGAGGGACUGGAGCUGUCCUCGGCCGAAGCCUAUGACCCAAUUUACAAGCGCUGGACCUUGCUGCCGCCCAUGAGCACCCGCAGGGCGUAUCUGGGCAUAGCUUGUCUGAAUGACUGCUUGUAUGCGGUGGGCGGCUGGAACGAGAGGCAGGACGCAUUGAACACGGUGGAGAGAUAUUCUUUUGAGGAGGAGCUGUGGGCGGAAGUGUCGCCGAUGAAGUUUCCCCGGACCGGCGUAUCUGUCAUCAGCGUGAAUGGACUGCUGUACGCGGCUGGCGGGAGGGCCAUCCUCCACAACUUCUCCGCCCCCGUGACCUCUGACGCUGUCGAGGUUUAUAACCCGCACACGGACACCUGGACCGAAAUCGGCAGCAUGAUCACCAGCCGCUGCGAGGGCAGCCUGGCGGUUUUGUGAAGGGCGUCGCGCCAUUUACUGAUUGGGACACUUGGCUGC